AUGGCCUCCGAUGCGCUCACUACGAUGGGCACCUGCAUGUUCGACGACGCCGUCAUGGCGGCCAAGCUCCCAGCAGCCGUCGUGCAGCGCUUCAACGAGUGCCUGGUGAGCGGCGCGCCAACUCCAGAGGACGACAUGAAGAUCAUCGCGGACACAAUGUACGGUUGGGCUCGAGAGCGCGGUGCGAUCGAUUUCGCACACUGGUUCUUCCCCCUGCGUGGUGGAGGCGGCGCCGUGGGCGGCAUGCUCGGGGCCUUCAAGAAGGACACUUUGAUGGACCUGGAGUUCGGCUCCAAAUUCACGACAAAGCCCAUGAAGGCUUGCCUGCCAGCGGAGCGCCUGUUCCAGGGCGAGACGGACGGUUCGUCUUUUCCAAAUGGAGGCCUGCGAGUGACCCACUCCGCAGCGGCUUUCACCACCUGGGACCGGUCCUCGCCUCCAUUCGUGAUGGACAAGUGCCUGUACAUCCCGUGCGCCUUCGUGACGCAUUUUGGAAAGUGCAUCGAUGAGAAGACGCCCCUGCUGCGAUCCAUGGAUGCAGUGACCCUCCACGGCUUGCGCCUCCUGAAGAACAUUGGAAUCGGCACCGAUGCCAAGUGCAUGUUCAGCUACUUGGGAUGGGAGCAGGAGUUCUUCGUGCUGAGCGCCGCCCACUACAAGGCACGCCCUGACUUGGUGAACACCGGCCGCACGCUCUUCGGCAAGCUGCCCACCCGACACCAGCAGGGAGACUUGAACUACUUCCAGGCGAUCCCCGGCAAGGUGCAGGAGCUUUUGGAUGUCGUUCAGGCGGAAAUGCUGAAAAUCGGCUGCCCCAUGGCUGUGAAGCACAACGAGGUGGCGCCUGGCCAGCACGAGAUGUCCCCCGUCUUCCGUGCUGCCAACGUGUCCUGCGACAGCAACGUUUGCUUCAUGGAGGUCAUGAACAGGGAAGCCGCGAAGUUGGGUCUGCAGGUGCUCUUCCACGAGAAGCCCUUCGCCGGCAUCAACGGCAGCGGCAAGCACGCCAACUGGUCCGUCGGCACUGACACGGGCUUGAACUUCUUCUACCCAGGCAAGAACGAGGCCGGUGCGAAGCUCUACGUCACCGCCAUUGCCUGCCUGUCCUACGGCCUUGCGCAGUACAACGAGAUGGUGCGUUGCACCGUGGCAAGUGCCGGCAACGACCACCGCCUUGGUGCGCAGGAGGCCCCUCCGGCCAUCAUUUCUCUGUACCCAGGUCAGGGCUUCGAGGCUUUCGUGGAGAGCAUCUGCUCCGGCGGUGACCUGCUCGGAUACAAGGCUGAGAAGAAGAAGCAGGAGACGGGAUGCAGCGCUGCCAUGCACAUUGAGGCUAACGUCGAGGACCGCAACCGCACAGCCCCGUUCCCCUUCUGUGGCAAUCGCUUCGAGUUCCGUGCCGUGGGCUCCUCCCAGAACUGCUGCCUCCCGAUCAUGGUGUGCAACGCGAUCAUGUCUGCGGGCAUGGCGCACCUCUCUAGCUUGAUCGAGGGUGGCAUGAGCCAUCGUGAUGCCGUCGCAAAGAUCUACACCGAGAACAAGCACGUGAUCUUCACCGGCAACGGCUACUCUGCGGAAUGGCCCGUCGAGGCAAGCAAGCGAGGCCUGCCGAACUUGAACACCACGCCCAAGGCCAUUGCCACCUGGAGCUCUGAGAAGAACACCAAGCUGCUCGAGACCCUGAAGAUCUACACCAAGGAGGAGACAGAGGCACGGCAGGAAGUGAUGUACGAGAACUACAUCUCCUGCAUGUGCUGUGAGGUUGAGACGAUGAUCCAGAUGGUGGAGACGGGCUUCCUGCCAGCCUGCGCCAAGGAUCUGGAGAAGUUCAAGGGCUUCGACAAGCUCGCCGGCAGCCGAAAAGCCGUGUACGACAGCAUCGUCGACGAAUCGGAGAAGUUGAAAUCUCUGAUCGCAGCCAAGCCCCACAGCUCUCUGGCAGAGGAGGCCACGUACCUGUGCGACACCGUGAAGCCGCAGAUGGUGGCGCUCCGUGCCAAGGUGGACAAGGCGGAGAGUAUGAUGGAGUCGUCUCUCUACCCUUACCCCACCUACGAGGCCAUGAUCUACUCUCACCACUUCUGA